AUGGUGCUGAUGUCACCUCCGUCGAUACGAACGGCGAUACCGCUCUUCAUCUUAUGGCAAAAAAAACUGGGUCAAGUUGAGGCAGCACGAUUCCUCGUCAAUAAGGGCGCUGAUGUCGCGGCUGUAAAUGCUAAAGGGAAUACUCCACUACAUGAAGUGAUGGGUGGAUUGCUCCGAGAUAAGCGGGCAACGCGAGGACCCAAGUAUAAAACUCUGCGAUUAGCAGACAUAUUAAGAGCGCAGAACGAAAUGAUCACGGUUAUACAGGAUGGCAGCGGAUACAGCAAUAAGUUGAUGGACCAACCGAAUGCAGUUGAAUGUUCUGUUACCCCAAUCGGUUAUCAGGCACUUGCGUGGCAGAAUUCUUUCUGCUGCCUUGAUUUCCCCACACGGAUCUGCCCUCUGCUAGACGGAAACUAUGUGAAUGCUCAAUUCGAAGGUACCGCUAUGAGAGAAGCCCCUACGAGGUUUGAGAUGUAUCACAUCCCCAGCCCUCGGCUAUAUGGCGCUAUGCCUAACAUGGAUCCGAUCGCUCUGUCUACUACUAUGGACGGGAGAUCCCGAGACUACCGGUAUAUGGUGCGGUUAGUAUCUCUUUUUGAGGCUACAGCAGGUGCAGGAAAGGAAAUUGGCCAAUACGAGUAG